AACCGCCGCGACGGCGUGACGUCACCGCGCUGCCGCUCGGCCGUUGGUCACGUGGCACCGGGCGGAAUAAUUCAAAAUUUUUCUCGGCGGUGGCGGCGUCCUCCUCCUCGUCCUUCUCGUCGUCGUCUCUUGGUCUCCCCACCCCCGGGGGCCAUUCGUCGCUCUCUGCCACGGUCUCUUUUACCGGACAAAAUGAGCAUCGUGGACGAGUUGAAACGCGCGCGGAGCGAGGCGGAGCUCAGCGCCUUCCUCAAGAACUUCGAGGGAAGCCUGCAUCCGUCCUUGAAGAGCAGCACCGCUAUGUCGGCGAGUGCAGCUAUCAAGACAGGAGAUGUGUGCGACUCCGUUCUGCGAGAAUGUCUUCAUCAUCUGGCCGAUGGCAGCCACUCUGAAAAAAGCCUUGCCUUGAUUUCCUGUGUGGCUGAGCAAGCCUUUAAAGGUUUCAAGGCCCUAAGUAAAAAGAAGGACAUGCCGCUAUAUUUGGAGAAAAUCCUCCUGAACCUUCUUAAGAAAUUGCGUGACUGUGGCCUGCACUCAAGCCUUGUGCUUUUCUCUGAUCACAUAUUCAGCUCCCUGAUGAGGUGGCGGGAGGUCUGUGUGCAAGACAGUGCACUCUUGAAGGACUAUGACCUCAUCGCCAGAUAUAGCUAUGACUUCUUGGCAAGGGUUGCAACACAGAUUGCACUGCAGGACCCCAGCAAAGCAGAGCCGUCCCAGUGCCAGGAAGUCCUGCUCAUGCGGCUCAGAGCCGUGAAGUUUCUUGUUUUCAUUGAGGGGCUGGGUAGGAAGAAUGCCGGCUCGGGCGAGCCUCCCUCGGCCUUCUGCAGUCAGAGCAUGAAUGCAGCCCUGCGCUACAAGAGGGACAGAGCCAAGCUGACAGCGCUUGACCUGCGCUUCCUAAGCGACAAAUAUUACUCACCCCUGAUGUCCCUGUUGACUGAUGUGUUUGCGCAGGACACAGAGCAGUACAAACGCUUGCUGUUUGAUUUGUUGCUGCAGCAGUGCAAGCUGAUCUGUGUCUCCAGCAUCACUGCGUCUGAGGAUGUCAGUGUAGCGUCUGAAGUAAUGAGCGUGUUGAAACAGCACUUCAUAUCGAGUGGGCCCUCUGGCCAAGACACUUGGUGUCUGCCUGCAAAGCUUUGUUCAUUGGCCCUUGACAUGUGGAAGUCAUUUCUGAUGCCUGACUUUCGGUUUGUUACUUCAGAUGUAUUUGGCCAGUUGGCCAGGCAACUGCAGGGUGUUGCCUCGACGGCAGAGGCAUUUUCUGAGAUUGUGGAUAGCUGUGGUGUUGUGAUGACCACCUUGGAAAGUGUGAUUUGUACCAAGGAAGGGAAUGAAUUUGGGAAGUUGUUUGAUUGGAGUGGCAUUUUCCACUUUCAUGACUUAAUGGAGGCAUUCGUCAAAGUGAUUGAAGUACAAAACAAAAGGCUUUUAAAGCAGGAUGGCGUGCAGCAGGAGAAACUACAUCAGAAGGUGCACAGCACCCUUAUGCUGUUCAUCACACUCGUGGAAAAGCAGCUUCCCCACUUGGUCUCCAUUGAGGUGGAUGCAGCAGGUGAUGGUGUGGAGAGGCUGGUGAAUUUGUUGGAAGCUACGCUGGAAAAGAUUGAGAUGAACCUCUCUGUGCUGGAGGCACUUGGACAAGAUGCCUCAUGCACCACUGGUGCAGCGGUAGGAGCCUAUCAACUAUCCCGCACGUUCUUAAAGCAAGACUUGUCCUCCGAGACUGUGGCCCUGGCCACGGCUGCCUACCGUCUCAUGGAAAGGGCCCUUAACUUGUCCACACAGCCCAAUACUCUCACUGGAAAGUUUGUUGCAUUUGCAACUCUACUGGUGGAGGUGUACCGCAGGGCGGGACGUUUCGGGGAUGCCAUGGCAGCAGUGGCUCGCAGCUGCUGGCUCCUCAUGGGUGACCUGCACGCCUGCCUGCCGGCCCUCGUCAGCCUCUGGGUGCAAGUGAAGGCCGAUGCUGUGGGUGCUGGCCAGGCGACUAUCAAAUUGAGGACUCUACGGGAGGCUCUCUCAGAUUACGAGGUCGGAACGGACGAGCUGCUCGUUGUGCUGGACGAGGAACUGCGGCAAUACAAGGCGCAGCAUGUGGACGCAACCCAGGAGCGCUACAAUGUCAUCUGCGACCUGCUUGAGCUGUGUCCCGAGGAGGAAAUCGACCGCUGCUUGGACAGGAGCUUGCACCUAAUUCGGCUUGCAGAGUUCUUGUGCUAUAAUGACACCAUCGGGCAGGCAGAGUGCUCGGCACUGGACUGCGCCCAGGAGGCAGUGCGGCUGCUGGACUCCAUCAAUGUGGAGUGGUGGCCGUCAUCGGAGAGGGAACGCUGCACGGACAUUAAGGCCACCGCUAACCUGUGGCUCUUCAUCUGCACGCUGGAGGCCACUGCCAAGAAGGCCACGGAGAGAGAAGAGCGUCUCGCGCGUGUUGCGGACCCGGUGCUCGAGGUGAGCGUCAAUGACUUGGAUGUGGAAGACAAACAGGGCGAGGACUCACGCCUACACUGCCACAUGCUCUUCAACAUCGCCUCUGACAAGCAGGCUUGUACCCCACUGGAUCGGGCCUUAGAGCUGUGGCAGAACUUACUGGGGGGCUCCACCCUCCCAGCCCUUAACAACAGCCAACAGACCCUGCUUAACAUCCGCAUGAUGACCGAGCUGUACCGCCUCAUUGACAAGCCACUACAAGCACUCAAGAGCUGCCUGCUGCAACAGCAACUGAGUGGCUGGUUGGAAGAUUGGCCUGGGAACAUAAUGGCCGGUUGUCUGGCUGCACGCCUCCUUCUUAACUUGGACUGCCCACAGCAUGCACAGGUGUUUGUGGAUGAAGUUGAGUCAAGAAUGGAAUCAAUUUCCAAACCAGAUGAUAAAUUGUCUGUACUGGAGAAGAAUGUCAAAUUAACCAAGAGCCAGUUCCACUAUGCCAUGGGACAGGUAGAGAUGGGAUUCUUGCUGCUGUUGGAGAUCCUGGAGGAUCCUAACAUAUGGAGACCAUCUCGUACCUGGUACCUUCUGAGAUCACGAACCUAUACCCUGGCCUCCCUCUACACAAACCUUCCUGGCAACCAGCUUGCUCAAUCUGAGAGGGAGCGUCUGCCACAGCUUGAUCUAAGGAGCCCACUGGUAGCAGUGAGCGUUGCCCACCGUUUGCUCACUGGCCUCAUGCAAGCCAUUCUGGGGCCCUCCUUCAACAAUACCCAGGGCUCCGACAAGCCCAGUGGCACUGCUACCACCAGCAUCUUCAUCGACCAGGGGGAUAACGUGCUACUCAAGUGGACGGUGCUCACGGAGCUACUGGACGUGUCGCGUCAUCUAGUGUCACUGCAGGCCAAACGCGGUAUUGUGCUGGAAGCCAAGAGCUUCUGCAUUGAAGCGCUCAAGCUGACCACCAAGCUACAGCUCACACGCAGGUGUGCGGAGCUGCUGAUUGUAAAGGCGAGCCUGGAAGUGCAGAGGGGUGAACUGGAGGAGAGCAAACAUGAAUUGAAGCAGCUGUCUUUUCUGCUUGAAUCCUCCCAAGAGUUUGAGGCUACCAAGAAAGCAGGUGCUGAUUUCAAGUUGAAGAAGCUCCGUGGCACAGCCAAGUCUGCAAGCAAACGCAGCCCAGUCGCAGAGGAAGAACAGGAGAAGGAGUCUGAAAACCAAAGUUUUCUCAAGUCUAUUCCUCUGUCGCUGGUGCAUGGGCGUGAGCAAAGCAUCACCGGGGCAGAUGGGAUAAGCAGCUCUCCCGGGCUGGCCAAGCAGAAGAGCCGGCUGCCACAGGUCCACAAGGCUCAGUGCGCCUGCACCAACUGCCGUGACGUGGUGCUGUCGCUCAUCACUGCCGAGUGGUUCCUGACACAGAGCCGCAUGGAGGAUGCACUUCAGAACGACACCGUGAGCCGGCGCUUCCUGCUCGCCUCACUCCAGCAGGUAGCUGCCCUCAAGCAGCGCGGUGCUGCCAUGCUGCACGAGAUCCUUGCGAGGAGACCAGGUGGUUGGCCACUGCUACUGAAAAACGCUGCUUUCCAGAUGACACACGCCGUGGAAGCAACGGCGCGACUGGAAUUGGCGUUGAGGGCUCUGAAGGUCGGCUCGUUUGUCGGUGUGGCCGAUAACGUGCAGAAGGGCCUGCAGGUGUUUCAGUCAACUGACCUGGGGCUGGCGGAUGCCCACGACAUCAAGGCCAACUUGAUGAUUGUCAAGGCCAUUAUGAUGCUGUUGCAGCUCUCCCUCAAGCAGGACUGUAGUGUGGCAGAGCUCUUUCAAAGCUCUUGGGCUCUGAACACCAUGAUCACACCCUGUGAAGAGGAACCCGAUUUACCAUCGGUCAGUAACACGGAAACUUCCACCUCUACUACCGUGGCUUCCACUGGCAUUGUGAAGCCACCCCCAUCAGCGCAGAAAAAGAAACGGGAGUUUCCUCAGACGCCUAAUUUUGGCUUCAAGACUCCGGCACGUAGCACAGCAUCCAGAUCGGCAAUAAAACCCAGCCAGAGCUUCUUUAUAUUAGAGGAUUCGAAUUCGUCCAAUUCUCCUGUUCUCCCCUGCAUUAAGGCUCAAAAGAAGGUACAGACACGUUUGAGGAUUGUGACGUUUAGCGACAGUGACGAAGACUCUGAGCUGCCCAGACACCAGCAGGUGGCUGCAUCUGAUAGAGGAAGCAGCAGUGCUAAAGUGAAGGAGCCUUUCAGCAUGAUUGUGCCAAAGCCCAAAGUUCCAACUAAAGUCCCACCAUGCAAAGUCAAACCAGCAAAGGAUGAAAAACCAACAGCGAGAGCCCAACCUACAAAAGCAGCCUCUUCUGCGCAUGGCGGCAGUGCAACGUUGGUGAAGCUGGAAAAGGUGGGAAGAGGACAGACGACACAGAGCCAGCCCAAAAAACAGCUGAAAUCUGUGGAGACAACGGCAAAGGCAAAAGGCUCAGGGCGGAUGGCAUCGGCUGUCCAACAAGAUAAGCCUAUGGAUGACGCUGAAAGGAAGGUGCUCCGCAAGACCAAGCAGGCAGGCAGGGUCACCAUCGGAAGGGGCCACGAUGUAGAGCGGGAAGAAUUGCGCCAAGGGGACACGGACGAUGUUUGGUUGGACCUGGAUCAAAGCAUAGAAGUCAUUAGGGCACUGGAUGAGGAUUCACCACUUGAUGACAAAAGAGUUAUGCGCAAGGUCAAAUCUAAAAUCGCAGAAUGUAAGGUGGCAAAGGUUUCCAGAGCACGGAAGACACAGGACAGAGAGAUGGAGGUGGUGCGGCGACAGAUCCCCACCGAGCCAGACGAAUACACCGCCCCAGAGCGGUUGGUGCAAGCGCCGGCCCCACUGCAUGUCACGAGGCUGAACACCAACGAUGGCAGCCUGUCCCUGGAGGCGGCACGGGACGUGCUGCUGGCCGCGCUCGAGUGCAUAUCACACAACCCGUCGGGCGCAUCCUACCGCGUGCUCGCCCAGCUACUGGCUCUCCACGCCGGCGAUGGCCUCCGGCUGGGAGACGGGCACAGCGAGAAGGGCGCUGGCCUCGAUACUGCGUGGCUGCACAAUGAGGGCCUUUCUGUCACCCUGCGCCACCAAAUGAUCGCCAAUGUCACUCGCAAGAUCAGAAAGGGUGAAGGAGAGGCAGUGCAGUGCACCCCGGGCUCCAGGGAUGGCCACCUGCAGCACAUCUUGCCCCUCUUCAACUUCCAGCCGCAGUUUGCGGCAGGGAUGCACCAGCGGGCGCAGGAGUUUGCAGAAGCGUUUGACCUUAUUCCUGAUGGAGUGGCAGUCUGCACGCUUUCAAUCGUCAACCUUUUCCCCUGGGACCUGCGCAAGAUUCGUGAUGUUGGGGAGUUGGUGCUGCUCACUCGGCUGGAGCGUGGGGCCAGACCCAUCACCGUGCGCUUGCACCCUGGAAAAGACCAAGUAGGGCUGGACUGGGUGCUGGCAGAGUUUGACUCGAUUCUGAAGCAGCAGGCAGUGGUGAGCAACAUGACGGAGAAAAGGCUGUGGUGGCAGCACCGCAAUGAGCUGGAUGAACGCAUGCAGCGGCUGUUGACGGCACUGGAGGAGCAGGUACUCGGCUGCUGGAAGGGGCUGCUGCUGCCACCAGUGAUGCCCAGUUCCCAGUUGGCGGAGGUGUUGCACGAGGAGGCGGAAGCUCUGAAGCAGCUUCUGUCAGACAAAAGCCCACCCGUCAGCUAUGAGCUUCUGCAGGUGGUCUUGUCCGGGGCUGACAGCUUGAGCAAGAAGAAGCUGCGUUCACUUGCCGAUGCUCUGUGUCCCCAUGAGCACUUCCUGCCGAGGCUGCAGGAGGCUGUUGCCCGCAUCCGCAGUACCCGCAUUGCUGCUGCCGCCGCCACUACUAGCACCACCCAGCAUCCAGGCUCCACCGUCCUCAUCCUGGACAAGAACCUGCAGAAGCUGCCUUGGGAGAACAUUCCCCUACUGCGAGCGAGCAGCGUCACACGCAUGCCCUCUUUGGCCUUCCUCCUCGCUUCUGCGCUCACCACCAAGUACGUGAAGAGUAAUGUUUUUAAUGCCAAAGUGGACGUGCGGAACACAUUCUACCUGCUCAAUCCACAAGCCAAUUUGUCCAGCACGGAGAGCACUUUCCGGGACUGGUUUGAAAGUGAAAAGGACUGGGAGGGUGUGAUAGGAAAGGUCCCAACAGCAGAGAAGCUCCAGGAAGUUCUUACCAAGAAGGACCUGUACAUUUACGCAGGACAUGGGGCGGGAGCCCAGAUCUUCAAGCCACACGCGAUUCCGCGGCUCGACUGCCGUGCUGUGUCACUACUCUUCGGUUGCAGCAGCGGAGCUCUGGCGAUGCGGGGCACCCUAGAGGCCUCGGGCAUUGCCCUCAACUACAUCAUGGCCGGCUGUCCUUGUAUUCUGGGGAACCUGUGGGAUGUCACGGACCGCGACAUUGACCGCUACAUGGAGGCACUGCUGCGCACGUGGCUGAGUGCACCACCUGGAGCUUCCAUCAGCGAGCACAUGGUCCAUGCACGCCAGGCGCCACGCCUCAAGUUCCUCAUUGGGGCAGCUCCCAUCCUCUAUGGCCUGCCUGUCUUGCGCAGAUGAGCUCCCUGGAUGGUGCACUUCUUCUACUCCUACCAUCCCUUGGUGUUUGUACCACGUGCCACAUCUUGACCUACUUUUACCAACUUGUCCUCCAAUCCCUUGACUGGUAGCCGAGACUAAAAACAGCAAGGCCGAAUGAAGACGGGCAUAUUGAAUGCCACGUGGAGAAAAUUGUUUAAAUGGAUGGGGUUUUACCAAAGGAUUCAUGGCAGCGUUGCAAAAAAGCUUAUCAAAAGCUGCACAUGAGAUUUACCUUUCCUAAGCACACAAAAACAUACCCAUAUGUGUCGUGUAUUCAGAUACCCUAUCAAAUGACAGGCAGAUAACAUUGGCUCCUCAUCAUAAAAAGUGUGGUUUUAGAAAGAAUAAGAAAAUAAUGCAUUAUACAUGGAUAAUUGUGAAUGUGAGAGCUAAAACAUACCAAAAGGCAAGGUGUUCAUUGUUUUACCCUGGGCACUGCAUUCUACUUUUAAGCAGUGCCUCUUCACCUCUUUAGCCUCUCUCCUGGGUUGUGUUGUCACCACACCUAAUGCUUUGCAAUGGCUGUAGUGGUGUGGGUUCAUUCAAACGAUGAGGUCAAUCUGGCAGGCAGUUCCUUCCCUAUAGCUGGAGCAUGAAAUAUCGAGCACUCCAUCUGCUGUUGAUACUGCAUUGCAUUAAUGGUAGUGUGUCCUGGGGCUACCUGGCUGUUGGAGUAAUAUGACCCCUAUGCUCACACUCAAAGGCCAAACAUCUUUCACUGCAAUGCUCUAUAUGCAGAGUUAAUGUUGUAGGUUGUCACCAUGACUAAAUAACAUGUUUGUGGUGUAUGUGUUAGUUCUACAAAAGAUAGUCGAUUGGUAUUAAAACUAAAAUUGCAUAAAAUUUCACAUAAAAAUGAGCAAAGCCAGUAAAAUAUAGUAAAAUACGGGGAACCCAAUUUGCCACCUAACUUGUUUAAAUUACUGCAUUUUCAACCUGGUUUGUUUGAUAACCGAAUAUAAUGCAGAGCAAUGUUAAUAGUAGUUAUGUAGACCACAUCAUUUUGUUGCCGUCAUAAUUCUUUGCAAUCCUGUGAUUAUUUCAAAAUCUCCCUGUAAAAAUGGUUAUUCAUGAAAACGUGUCUCAAUAUUUUUACCAUCAAUCUGCAAGUGUGCCAAUCAAGGCUAUCAAGUAUGGUGCUGCCUUGCAUAGUUUACAGCCCAGAUUCAUGUAGCAAGACUGAAAAUGGAUGUAAAUUUGUCAUGUAUUUGCACUGUCACACAUCCAGUAUAUCUGUACACGAUUGCUAAGAUGAUUUUAUCACCACAUUUUUUGAUUUGUGUGAACUGAAGUAAUUGUGUUGCAUAGAUAGGUUCUUUGUAAAUAAUUCAGGUAAAUGCCAUAUUUGUGGUGCUAUUUAUGUGGAGUUGAUGGUGGUGUAAGUUGUGGUGCCGUUUUUUUAAAUCAGAAAUUGACAAUUGCCUCCAAUGAAUACAAAUGUUUUAAUAAUAAAUUAAUGUUUUCUUUA